AUGCGCCUCAUCAAGCAGAAUAUCGAGCGUGAUGGCUCGGGCACCAUCACCCUCUUCCCCGAAGAGCCAGAGGACAUGUGGCAUGCCUACAACCUCAUUGCCCCCACGGACCUUCUACGUGCAUCUGCCAUCCGCAAAAUAACUACUGAAGGUGUCACCGGCAGUACAACCUCAAAAAGGGUGCAUGUCACUCUUCUCAUCCGCGUCACAUCCAUCGACUUCGACCCGCAAGCAGGACAGUUACAUGUCGGUGGCAAAGUGGCGGAGGAGAACAAGUGGGUGGGAGUCGGAGCGCAUCAUACUCUCGACCUGGAGUUAAACAGGAACUUCACACUUGAGAAGAAGGAAGGCUGGGACUCGGUAGCUUUGGACGUCGUGAGGGAGGCCAUAAAGCAGGACAAAGAAGGGACAGUACCAGCUGUUGUUAUGCAAGAAGGUUUGGCAAAUAUUUGCCUCAUUACAGAACAUCAGACUAUUCUGAAGCAGCGAAUCGAGACAGGGAUACCCAAAAAGCGGUCGGGUAGAGCAGGCGAUCAUGAUAAAGGGAUGACGAAGUUCUUCGAGGUCACAUUAGAGACAUUGAAGCGGCAUGUCGACAUUACUCUGCCAAGGCCAUUGUUACUUGCAAGUCCUGGAUUCACAGCAGCGGGAUUCCAGAAAUAUAUCAUGGAUGAGGCGACUCGGCUUGGAGACAAGGCUGUGUUGGCCAAUAAAGGCAACCUUGUUGUGGUCCAUUCGAGUUCGGGACAUCUUCACAGUUUGAACGAGGUGCUGAAAAGCCCGGAAGUCCUCACGAAGUUGAAGGAUACGAAGUACUCGAAAGAAACCAGAUUUAUGGAUGAUUUCAUGACGCUGCUUCGAAAGGAUGAUGGCAGAGCAUGGUAUGGACCGACGGAGGUCGAAAAAGCUGUUGAGAAGGGUGCUGUCGGACGUGGAGGAGGAGUGCUACUAAUCAGCAAUGCUCUUUUCAGGAGCCAAGAAAUCGGGACAAGGAAACGUUGGGUGACAUUGGUCGACAAGGUGAAAGAAGAUGGAGGCGAGGCAAGAAUAUUGAGCAGUGAUCAUGAGAGUGGAGUGAGGUUAGAGGGCUUGGGUGGCAUUGCCGCGAUUCUGACUUUUCCUUUGGAAGAUCUUGACGAGGACGAGGACGAGGAGCAAGACGAAGAGAAAGAGGUUUUUCCAAAUGGAACAAAACAAGAGUCCAUCAUAUGA